AUGUCCAAGUAUGUAGUCCAGGAUUUUGAAGAAGAAGAUGAGCAGCUUCCAGGAACUGUAAUUACACAAUCAUCAAAUGAUAGUCCUAAUCCUUUGGAUAAUGAUCCUGAUGCAGAGGUUGUGGCCUUGUCACCCAGGACUCUUAUGGCGACGAACAGGUACAUUUGUGAAGUGUGCCACAAAGGAUUCCAGAGGGAUCAGAAUCUGCAACUGCACAGGAGAGGCCAUAACCUGCCCUGGAAGCUUAAGCAAAGGCCAACGACACAAGUGAAGAAGAGGGUAUAUGUCUGCCCAGAACCGAGCUGUGUUCAUCAUGACCCAAGCCGGGCUCUAGGGGACUUAACUGGGAUCAAGAAGCAUUUCUGCAGGAAGCAUGGAGAGAAGAAAUGGAAAUGUGACAAGUGCUCCAAGCGGUAUGCUGUGCAGUCCGACUGGAAGGCCCACACCAAGAUCUGUGGAACUCGCGAGUACCGCUGUGAUUGUGGAACCAUCUUCUCAAGAAAGGAUAGUUUCGUGACUCACAGAGCCUUCUGUGAUGCUUUGAUCGAAGAGAACAACAAAAUGAACCAGACCCUCGCUGCAGCCACGGGAGGAAUGUUACAACACCAAGCACAAGAAUUGUUUCCUUCUCCAUUGCCAGUGCCUGACCCCACUAACCCCAUGAUGAAUCUGUCCAUUUCUCACGCUAACAUGGAUACUUCAGUACUAAAGCCUUUAUCCCUGAAUGCUCAGGGGCUCCUGGCGGUGUCAAGCAAUGUGGAUCCUAUUUUUAGCCCAAAUGGGGCGAACCCUCGCACAAGCUUCAGCACCUUAGGAGGCCACAAUGGCAAUUCUCAUCUACCAAUUGGAUCGGCUUUCAGCUCAGCAACAGCCUUGUUACAGAAGGCUGCAGAAAUGGGUGCAAAAAUCAGUGACAAUUCAAUGGCUCCAAUCCUCCUCAGAGGAUUUUCAGGGUAUUCUACCAGUAGUAUGAAUACUUCUAACUCAAUUCAGGAGGGUUCUAGUGCAGUGGGCGGGCAAACUUCCGGUGGAGUUCCCAAUAGUUUAUAUAUGCGAAAUUUAGAUGCUUACGGAAAGUCUACGGAGGCUGGAAUUCAGAGAAUUAACAGUUUCAGUGCUUCCCAAUCUGGUGGCCUAUAUGACCCCAAUACCCUUUUGAUGCAUUCGUCAAAUGGAACUUCUGGUAUCCUUUCGGAUAGAGAUCACGUCCUCAUGGGGGGAAGUGAGAGAUUGACUCUCGACUUCCUAGGGGUAGAGCCUGCCGCUGCGGCUGCUCAGUCAAGUUUUGCAAAGAAGAGAAGAUUGGAAGGUGAUGUCAUGGGUUUGGACUACUCCAAAGCGCAACAAAACCUGCAUCAUCUUCAUUCAGAUUGGUAA